AUGAUUUCAAACGAGGCUAUCUUCAUAGGUGCCAACAAACAGGUGCAAGUUAGUGACUACCAGGCUGAGCGGCAAUUAGUUGCGUUUGGUGCUGGCAAAACCAUUGCAUUAUGGAACCCAUUAGAUUCAGAAUAUCGAGGUGUCUUUGGCACUCUCAAGGGCCAUAACGCAGAAGUGACAUGUGUUAGGUUUGUUACCAACUCAGAUCUUAUGAUAUCUGCGUCAGAGGACUCCGUAGUGAGGUUAUGGCGAUUCACUGACGCCCAAAAGGCCCAAUGCAUUCAAGUCAUCGAACAUCACAAACAUUCUAUUACAUGCGUGACAGUGGAUGAAAACGUUUUUGCAGUGGGUUGUGCGGACGGCUCUGUUUCUUUAUGGGCCAUUUGCAAUGGUAAAGCAAAUUUAGAGCAAGAGUUGCGCUGUCCGAAGGGCAUCUUUCCACUGUGUUUGGCGUUGAAAGCAGUAGGAAAAAAGAAUUUUAUAAUGGCCCUUGGUGGAACUGCUGCCAACGUUUUUGUUUACUCUUUUGACGUAGAAGGAGGUUUAAAGACAUCGUUCCAACUUGCAGCUGAACUGGAAGGUCAUGAAGACUGGAUCAAAGCACUUGAUUUUUAUGAAGAGACGUCCGGUAACUUCAUUUUGGCCAGUGGCUCACAAGACAGGUACAUUCGACUUUGGCGUAUAAAAUGCAACAAUUUGAUAGGCGUUCCUGUCUAUGAAGACUCAAAGCUAAAGCUUCUAAGCAACAAGCUGUAUAAAUUCAGCAUUUCCCCAGGUUACGAGGUGGCAAUUAAUUUUGAAGCUCUGAUCAUCGGACAUGAUGAUUGGGUCUCCAGUGUGCGGUGGCAUCCAACUAAACUUCAGCUUUUGGCUUCGACUGCGGACACAGCACUGAUGAUAUGGGAGCCUGAUGAGCUAUCAGGAGUGUGGGUAUGCGCAACUCGUCUUGGAGAGUUAUCUUCGAAGGGAGCUUCGACCGCUACAGGAUCUGCAGGUGGGUUUUGGUCCUGUCUGUGGUUCAAUGCUAAUGGCAGAGAUAUUAUUUUGACCAACGGAAAAACAGGCUCUUGGAGAAAAUGGAUAUCUAACGAUGCCUUGGGCUGGGAUCAGGAUGUGGGCAUUUCUGGUGCCAGUCGGGAGGUAACCGACGUUGCGUGGUCUCCCAACGGGAGGUAUCUUUUGUCGACGUCGCUUGAUCAAACUACAAGGUUGUUUGCCCAAUGGGUACUGUCAAACGGGCGAACAAGAUCGGGCUCGUCGUGGCACGAGUUUUCAAGAUGCCAGAUACACGGCUAUGACCUUAGAUGUAUUGAACCUAUUACGACCACUAGAUUUGUAAGUGGUAGCGAUGAGAAGGUCAUGCGAUCUUUUGAUGAACCAAAAUCAGUAGCUCACAUGCUGGAAAGGCUUUGUGGAAUACCACUGGAUAACGUUACCGGGAUGCCAGAGUCUGCUUCUCUACCAGUACUUGGCUUAUCAAGUAAAGCUGUUGUCGCCGGCGAGGAUGAGGAAGGAUUAGACCCUGAUGAAAGAGAAACCAACGAGACGAAAAACAUUUCUUACUCUGCAGUGUCAAGCUUAGACAGUCCACCCUUCGAAGAUCAGCUUGGGCGCCAUACGCUCUGGCCCGAGAUGGAAAAGCUUUAUGGGCAUGGCUAUGAGAUUUCAUGUAUCGACGUGAGUCCAGACAGGAGCCUUAUUGCUUCCGCAUGUAAGUCAAACACUCUUCAGCAUGCGGCCAUCCGCAUUUUCAGCACUGAGUCAUGGUCAGAAGUUUGCCAGCCUCUUGCUUUCCAUAACCUGACCAUAACUCGGCUGUGUUUUGCCCCAGAUAAUGACCAUAUCUUGAGUGUAAGCCGUGAUAGACAGUGGGCCAUUUGGAAAAGAGGGCCUGAUAAUCACUUCAACCUCAUUAACACAAACGAGAAAGCCCAUACGAGAAUCAUCUGGGAUGGCGACUGGGCACCAGCUGCUUACGGACGGCUUUUCAUUACUGCAUCGAGAGACAAAACUCUAAAAGCCUGGAAGUUGUCGUUAGAGAAUGAAAAUUACGAGCUCGAGAACACCGUCAAGAUACCAGAACCAGUCACUGCUGUCGCUGUCCAUCAUGCACUUUUGGCUGGAAGGCUUCUUGUCGCUGUCGGUACCGAAUCCGGAGCUAUACUAUUAUACUUAUACGACGGAGAGUUUAAAAAUGUGCUGAAGAUGGACUCCGUCAUGUCUCCUGCGGAGAGGAUUACGAGAAUCAGAUGGAACAAUUCGUGCCAUGCCAAGGAUUACGUCUUAGGUGUAUCCAGUGAAGACCAUUCGUGUCGCAUAUAUCGCGUACCAGAAGAUGGCAUAAAAAGGGAGAUGGUAUGA